AAAAAACAUGAUUACACUGAAAUCGAAGAGAAUUUACGCACAGAUGAGGAACGAGAUUAGGCAACUUGAAAGGAUUGUGGGACUUUCGGAGCUUUAUGGAGAGAUAGCAAUGGAUCUGGUGGUUAAUAGUGAGAGAGAUGAUGCGGUUAGAGAGAUUGGAGUACUUGAGAAGGAGAUAGAGAAGAAAAUUAUGUGUCUUGAGAAUGAUAAGGAUUAUUUUGAAGGAAUCAGUGACCAGAGACUCAAAUUGAUUUAUAAUAAUUUGAAAGAACAGUAUGAUUUAAAGAAUGAGGAAUUGAGGAAGAGUGCUUCAUUAACAAAAAGUCAUCAGAGAACAAGCUCCUUUCUAGUCGAACUAAAGAAGGAGUAUAACUACUUUAGAGAUUUACACAAAAGAAAACAAAUAAGCAAGGAACAUGAACUGCCAGAUUACGGAAAUCUCAAAGAAUAUAUGGAAGAAUUUGAACAUUAUGUCAAACCUUGGGAUUAUGAUUAUGAUUACAAUGACUCUUCAGAUGAACUUGAUCAAACUGAGGAAAUGAGACUAAAAUCUGAACAGGAAGCAUCAGAUUCAAAAUUAUUGGAUGGAGAGAAUGAACUAUCCAUAGAUUCAAGUUAUGAGCUUUCCUCUAAAUCCCAUCUUACAAUUGUUAUCAGCGAUGAUAGCGACUAAUUUU